AUGCGCUGCGAAGAUUAUAAUGGAGCUCGUGCUGCUUUAAGGAACGGGCGGCUGGCGAGGGUGGGGAAGAACAGUGUCGCGAUCGGGGUUCUGGAUAGCCCCCUACCCACGGGGAAAUGGCAAGAAAUCAUCAGCAACAGCAUUACCAAAGUUGAAUUUAUCCCUCGGAGAGCCGAUGCUGGAUGUAUUGAACCAUUCACUGGCUGGAAACCUACCUCAAUCAUCAAGCUAAACGACGAAUUCACAGGCAAAAGGCUGAAAACGAUUUAUGACUGCAUGUGCAUCCAUUACAUGCAGAUGUUAUGCUAUCUGGAAGCAACUGCCAAAGCUAUGAUUUGGAAGCCGGCGGAGAACCUGUCUUACGCUAUUUUGUCCACGGAGGCAGCGUCCAUGGAUUUUCUGUCAGGACGUAUAAUACGAGACAGGCUGUCACUACAAUUCGUCAAGUUGACUUCAUGGGUGGAAACUUGA